GAAGCCAUGGCCACGUUAGCCAAGCUGCAGGCUCGGUCGUCCUUUUUAGCAAAUCAGUACUACUUUAGGAACAGUGCUGCUGAUGCAUUUAGAAAAAAGGAGAAUGAUGCAGCUAUUACAAUUCAGAGCUGGUUUCGAGGAUGUAAAGUUCGGGCAUAUAUCAGGUAUUUACACAGAGUGAUAACAAAUGUUCAAAAGUGGUGGAGAAGUUAUGUAGGCAGAAAACAUUAUUAUUUUGCUGUUCAGAUAUCAUAUUAUACUAUGAAGAUGAAUUUCUACAAUGCAAUGGCUGUCAGGAUUCAGCGACAAUGGCGUGGCUAUCGGAUUCGGAAAUACUGUUUUAAUUAUUAUUAUUUGAAAGAGUACUUGAAAGCUGUUUCAGAGACCAAUGAUGCAAUUAGGGAGGCUCUGGAGGAGUUUGCAGAGAUGAAAGAGAGAGAAGAGAAGAAGGCUGCCCUGGAAAGGGAAGAGAAGCAAAGAGAUUACCAAGCCCGAAAGAUGCAUUACCUCCUCAGCACAAAGCAGGUUGGUCUACCUGUCCCUGACAGCUCCCGCAAGCCACUUGGACCCAUAGCCUGA